CUCUUAGGGACGUACAUGUACAUGUCACCGUUUGGACUGUCGCGCACCAUCAACACGAACGAGCAACACCAACAUCAACGUCCAGUGACCAUGACAGGCCCCGAAAAGAGACCACCACUCCCACGGCCCAGUCCGCAGCUCCUCAGAGUGGUAGAAGGCUCCAGGUCCAAUACCAAAACUCUCCUCCAACUCAUCCUGAUCCUGACUCUGGUCAUUUCUGGCUAUUGCACUUUCGACCCCGACAAUCUACGCCGUUACCUUCCCGAGGCCACAAGUACUACACCCUCCGAGCUGACGGGAGUGAAGAAGAUUCUCGCAGAGAAUCCACUCAUCGAUGGUCACAAUGACCUGUUGAUUCUGCUGCGAAGCGUAUAUGGAAACAAAAUCAAUACUUCCAACUUCACUACCCUCUUCACAGAAGGCACUCUUGCGGGCCACAUCGACAUCCCCCGCGCCACAGCCGGCCAGCUCGGCGGAGCCUUCUGGUCCGCAUUCGUGCCCUGUCCCGCCAACGGCUCCGACUUCAGCGAUGCCGCCUACGCGCCCUACGUCAAAGCGACUCUCGAACAAAUCGAUCUCUUCAAUCGAAUCUCGCAAAAGUUCCCCAAAUACUUCACCUUGCCCUCCAACGCCGCCGAAGCCGAAGCCAAUUUCGCAGCUGGAAAACUCAUCUCCCCGCUCGCGAUUGAGGGUCUCCAUCAAAUCGGCAACUCUCUCGCCACUUUACGCCUCUACCAUAAGCUCGGUGCGCGAUACGCCACUCUCACGUGGAAUUGUCACAAUCGCUACGCUGACGCCGCAGUCGUUUCCAUCAAUGGAGUUUCUCAACGUUCCACACCUUUCUGGGGUGGCGUCAGCCCCGCAGGACAAACUCUCAUCAAAGAAAUGAAUCGUUUGGGUAUGAUUGUCGAUCUCAGCCACGUCAGCCCGGAUACCAUGCGCGACGUCCUCGGCGGGAGCAGCAACAGUAGCACCAACACCAACAGCACCGCCUGGACAGGAAGUCUCGCACCACCCAUCUUUAGCCACUCCUCCGUCUACUCCAUCUGCCCUCACCCCCGCAACGUCCCGGACUCCAUCCUCGACCUCGUCCGCCUGCGAAACUCCCUCGUAAUGAUCAACAUCUCCCCCGAUUUCAUCUCCUGCGAAGAAAACCCUUCCUCUCCCACCGGUCUACCCACCUACAUCGAUUCCACAAAUACCAUUGAGCAAGUCGUCAAACACAUCAUGUACGUCGGAGAUCGCAUCGGAUAUGAUCAUGUCGGAUUAGGGACGGAUUUCGAUGGAAUUGAAAAUACACCGAGAGGAAUGGAGGAUGUUUCCAAGUUUCCGGAUUUGAUCGAGAUGUUGUUGGAAAAGGGCGUGAGUGAGAAGGAUGUCAUCAAGGUCGCUGGAGGGAAUUUGUUGAGGGUGUGGCGGGAAGUGGAUCGUGUGGCGGAGAAGUUGCAGGGGGAGAUGGAGCCGGCGGAGGAUGAUGUUGGGGGGGAGAUAUAGGGGGGAAAUAUUGGUUUGAACUUUUUUUGGGAUUGGAUGAGAGGAGAGAGAGAGAGAGAGAGAGAGAGAGAGAGAGAGAGAGAGAGAGAGAGAGAGAGAGAGAGAGAGAGAG